AUGUCUUCCGGCCUUCUUCUAUGGCUUAGCCUUGAUUCGAUCAUUUGGCUUCAGUCAUUGAAUGGGACAAACACCAAUUUCUCUUCCUACUCGUCUCAACUCAAGCAGCAGCUCUCUAUUUCCCAAUUACAACUCAACAACCUUGCCUUCGCCUCUGAUGCCGGAAAACUCUUGGGUUUCUUGUCUGGGAUUGCUGCUUCAGGUUAUAUACCCCUUUGGGUUGUCCUCCUAUUUGGAUCUUUUCUGGGGUUUAUUGGUUAUGGAUUGCAAUAUCUCUUCUUAGCAAACCACCUUAAGCUAUCAUACGUGGAUAUCUGUGUUCUCAAUGUUAUUGCAGGCAAUAGCAUCUGUUGGAUCAACACUGUCUGUUAUGCCGUCGUCAUACGAAACUUUCCGUCUGAUCUCCAGGUGGCCGUGGGGAUAACAACUAGCUACCAAGGAUUAAGCGCAAAGAUCUACACAGAUAUUGUUCAUGCUGUUUUUUCCUCUGAACCACAUGAAACAGCUAAAGCCUAUCUACUUCUCAACUCUAUCUCGCCUGUAAUAGUUAGUUUUAUAGCUGCACUACAAUUGGAAAAAAUUGAUGUUGGAAGUCCUAGAAGCAAGAAAUUUGGGUUCAUUCUUCUGUUUGUGAUUGCAUCAGUGACUGGAAUCUAUUCGGUGAUGAGCAGUUUUGGUUUGAUAUCAAGUAAAAUAUCGCCUUUGGGCGGUGCCAUUUUUAAUGCAGUGCUCCUGUUGGUCCCGUUAAUAGUUCCAAUUAUAGAACGUAAACUGAUUAUCGGAGAUGUCGGAAAGACGGAUCAAGGCACAGGCCCAAGAUCUAGUGUGUGUGAUUCUGCUAGUUUAGAUGAAGAGAGUGGUUGCAGUGUGGAUAGAACGGAGAACGGGCUGAAGGAGGGGGCUUUUUGGUUAUUUUUUUCCGGAGUGAAGUUAUUGCUACAGAUGUUGGAUUUUUGGUUGUUUUUUUUCGUGUAUCUUUUCGGGGCAACGGUGGGCAUGGUGUUUUUGAACAACUUGGGACAAAUAGCAGAAUCCCGGGGGUACUCUGGAACAACUCAUGAUUUCGUGUCUUUGUGUUCUUCGUUUCUGUUCUUUGGCCGUCUCAUCCCAUCCCUUAUGGACUACUGCUUCUCGAGGAGUAAGAAUAUCAUGAUUCAUUCAGGACCAGCGUCAUUGGUACUAUAUAUGCCUUUAAUUUCAGGAGCUUUCUUCUUUCUUCUCCUGGAUAAAAAAAUGGCUUUGUACAUCAGCUCUGGCAUUAUAGGAGCAUCUACUGGAGCAAUUACUUCUGUUGCUGUGACCAUCACCAAAGAGUUGUUCGGGACGAAGGGAUUUGCUACGAAUUAUAAUCUGUUAAUUGCCAAUAUUCCACUGGGAUCCUUCGCUUUUGGUUACGGGGCUGCUAGUCUUUACCGCAAGGAAGGAAAGGGUGCAUGCAUGGGAAUGGAGUGCUACAGAACCAGUUUCAUCAUUUGGGGUUCGCUGUGUACCGUUGGAACUUUCCUUGCUUUAAUACUCUUUGCUCGAACAAGAGAGUUUUAUUCAAAGAAGUUGCAGAAUCUGAAUUCUCAGUAG